AUGCUACGGGUGGGUCAUCCCCUUUUAAGAGAGCCGCUAAUUUUUGUACCGCACCGAUUAAUAGGGAGAGGACCACUCAAACUUAAGGUAGCUUUCUUUUCCUCUGCCAGGACUUUGAACCUUUCCAAAAAAAACGGUUACUUAUUACAGAAAUCUAAAGGAAAUCUUGUGAGCAAAUCUAUCGAUCAAACGAAAGUGCUUUCAUCGAAACCUAAGGCAGACAAAUCCGGGUCCCGAGCGCCAACCAUCUCAGAGUUGAAGAUUCUAAAGAACCUUUUCCAUUAUAUCUGGCCAAGGGGUAACUCGAAAGUCAAGUCGAGAGUCAUAUUUGCUAUAGCUCUUCUGAUAAGUGCAAAAUUAUUGAAUGUGCAAGUGCCAUUUUUUUUCAAACAAACAGUUGACUCUAUGAACGUUGAUUGGUCUGAUGCCACGGUUGCUUUACCGGCAGCAAUUGGGUUGACUGUUGUUUCUUAUGGUGCUGCCAGAUUCGGGGCAGUUUUAUUUGGUGAGCUAAGAAAUGCUGUCUUUGCUCGUGUGGCUCAGAAUGCUAUCAGAACUGUUUCUUUAGAAACUUUUAAACAUUUAAUGAAACUCGAUCUUGGUUGGCAUUUGAGCAGACAAACGGGAGGAUUAACCAGAGCAAUGGACAGAGGUACUAAAGGUAUCUCUUACGUCCUACAAGCGAUGGUGUUUCAUAUUAUUCCCAUCGCAUUUGAGAUAUCAGUGGUUUGCGGAAUUUUGACAUAUCAAUUCGGGGCUUCCUUUGCUGGUAUAACUUUCACUACAAUGUUAUUAUACUGUAUUUUUACAUUCAAGACGACGGCCUGGAGAACAGAAUUCAGACGGGAGGCUAAUAGAGCAGAUAACAAGGGUGCAAGUGUAGCACUCGAUUCUUUGAUAAAUUUUGAGGCUGUAAAAUAUUUUAAUAACGAGAAUUAUCUUGCCAAUAAGUAUCAUGAUUCUUUGCUGAAAUAUCGAGACUCGCAGAUUAAAGUUGCUCAGUCGCUAGCCUUUUUGAAUUCAGGUCAGAAUUUGAUAUUCACGUCUGCUUUAACUGCAAUGAUGUACAUGGGAUGCACCGGUGUCAUUGGUGGAGAUUUAACCGUAGGUGACCUAGUAUUGAUCAACCAGUUGGUUUUUCAACUCUCAGUGCCACUGAACUUUUUGGGCAGUGUGUACCGUGAACUGAAACAGUCAUUGAUCGAUAUGGAGUCUCUAUUCAAACUAAGAGAAAAUCCUAUAAGAAUAAAAAAUGUUGAAAGACCACUAAUGUUGCCUGCGGGCAAAGGCCCGUUAGAGAUCAGAUUUGAAAACGUCACAUUUGGAUACGAUACCAAGAGAAAGAUCCUCAGGAAUGCAUCAUUUGUACUACCCGGAGGUUUGAAAACUGCUAUUGUUGGCCCAUCUGGCAGUGGCAAGUCUACCAUAUUGAAGUUGGUUUUCCGCUUUUACGAUCCAGAACAAGGAAGGAUACUAAUAAAUGGUACAGAUAUCCGAGAAUACGAUAUUGAUUCUUUAAGACGCGUGAUGGGUGUGGUACCACAAGAUACUCCACUGUUUAACGAUACUAUUUGGGAGAACGUCAGGUUUGGGCGGAUCGAUGCUACGGACAAGGAAGUCACCGAAGCAAUUGAAAAAGCGCAAUUGAGUGGUUUAAUGCACAAGCUACCGGCGGGAUCAAAUACAAUUGUCGGCGAAAGAGGCCUGAUGAUCAGCGGCGGAGAAAAGCAAAGACUAGCAAUUGCAAGAGUACUUCUUAAAAAUGCCGACAUAAUGUUUUUUGACGAAGCCACAAGUGCCCUAGACACCCACACCGAGCAGUCGCUUCUUAAGACUAUAAGGAACAAUUUCGACAAAAAUUCAAAAACGAGUAUCUAUAUCGCUCACAGACUGCGGACUAUUGCAGACGCCGACAAAAUCAUCGUGCUCGAAGACGGUUCUGUCAAAGAAGAAGGAAAGCAUUCAGAACUCUUAGGGAAACCAGAUUCUCUUUACAGAGAGCUUUGGAACAUCCAAGAAAAUCUCGACAUGUUAGCAGAAGAAAUUAAGGAGGAAGAGAGCCAGGAGAGCCAUCUUGGAAAAGAUUAG